AUGGAUUCUGAUAUCAAAACAAAUGACCAGGUAUAACAAUUGAACUAAUUAAUUAUUCUAUUCACGUGCCAUCAAAUAAAAUAAAUUUGAACUAAAUAAUGUUUAAAAUAGGUACCUAUUAACUAGAAAAUAAAUAUUAUAUAAAUUUCAAUAUUAAUCAUAGUUAUUUAAAGUAUAGGCUUGAAAUUUUGCAAAAGAUAAUAUGAAAUACCUUUAAAUAUCUACUUUUACGUUUAGCUAAUCGAUACUUUAAAUAGUUAAAUUUAGUUAAUAAAAUUAAUUGUUAGAUUGGAAUUUGUUUAGGCAGCAGCCUACUGUAGGUUAGUAAACCACUAGGCCAAUUUCGCUAUGAUCCCUACUUCUUGCAUAUAACAGAGGCAUACCCGUCCCCUGCGGUAUCAUCGCUGUUGUUGUUAUUCAGUAAGAAUUUCUCAUUUUUAGUGAGAAAAAAAUGGUUUAGGUAAAAAAGAAAUAAUCUCAGAAAAAUACUUUAAAAAAAUGCCAAUAGUACGAAGUGUUUCCAAGCGGUCACCCCCAUCUAAGUACUAACUACGCCCGAAUUUGCUUAACUUCAGUGAUCGGACGAGAACUGGUGUAUUCAACGUGGUAUGGUCAUUGACGAAUUUCAGUGAUGCUAAUGUGUUAGUUAAACAUCCACUCACUCGUAUCAAUUAUAAUUUAAUAAAUAACUAAUUAUAUAUAAAUUAUAAUUUCACUAAAACAAUAAACCACACAAUAUUAUAUACUGGAGGUUUUUAUUAAUCAUCUUUGUUUUAAUAUUUAAUAGAUCCUUUAUUUUAUAAUAUAGUUUUUAAAAAUUAUUUCGUUAUUUUAUAAUGCUCAGUAGGUAUAGGUAUGUGUUAAAAGAAAAAUAAUAAUAAUAAUACCUAUGCAAUUCAUUAACAAUAAAAUUAAUUAUUAUUAUUUAAUUUUUAUCAAUUGAGAGGUAAGUUAGUUUCAAAAUUUCGAAUUAGUGGAUAAGGGUACUAUAGAUUUUGGACCAGAAUAAUAACUAAAAACAACCCAACUUAUUAUGAAAUUUUUAAGUGUGUACUUUUAUUUUGUUAUCUGUCUGUAGUUUUGUGAAUGAGCUUCCGAUCCUAAUAAGAUUUUUUUCGUUCAAAAACUUCACAUUUAUAGGGGAUUUCUUGUAGUGUGUGAUUUGGAUCAAAUUAUUGAACUUCAGAGGUAAUUUAAUACAAUUCUUUGUAUACUUUUUAAAUAAUCUCUUAAAAAAUGUCGAGAAAAUAACAUAAAGCAGAUAGAAAUAAUUUUCGAAACUUUAAAUUUUCUCUAAAUAGAUACUUCUUAGAAUUUUCUGUUUGAGUUAUAUGUAAAAUAUUUCUUUAGUUGUAGUUUAAUUACCUCAACUCAAUAAAAAGAUUAUUGCUAUGUGUAAAAUGUUCAAAAAUUUGAUACCGAUAAGAUUCAUGAAUUACGAGAAGUCUGCAGUAUAUUUUAAAAUUUUGAGCAUACUAACGUAACGAAGAAUGUAUUGAAUUUAUUUGAUGUACUUACCUAUGUGAUUUUUUUUUUCAUCUGUAAACAAAUUUUGCAUUAGAAUUUUGCUUCAAUCAAAAAACAAACAAGAGCGUUUUUUUUUUAGAAUUUUAUCUCUAGUUGGUGCAUCGAGGAGAUAAUUUGUUUUAUUUACCUUGCGGUUUUCUUAACAAUUUGGAAAAAACGUAGGAAAACGGAAUGAAAGUUUAAGGUUUGAUUAUUUUCACUUUAGUUAUUUUGCUCAAAUUUGAUUAAAAAUAAUUCCAGAGUGCUAAAAUUUACACGGAAAACUAAUAGCAUUUUUAUAGACAUGGUUAAAUUUAAAAAAAAUUCCGAUGGAUUUUAAGUUUUAUUUUUAGUAUUUAUUUGAUAGGAACUAUAUGUAUAUUAUUAUUUAACCAAAUAAAAAUGUAUAUACAUUUUAUACAAGGUUCAUUAAAGGUUUUAUUUAGUGAUCCAAAAAUUUAAAAUUCGAGCAUUUUGUAAUAGUUUUUUUUAUUUGAAUUUUAAGAUUAAAUUUUGAUUUAAAUCGUAAAAAUUGUAGAAUUCAAAACACAUUAACCUGAACUUCACUCAGAAUAGUAUUUCGUUAGCAAUGGUUUACCAUUACUACAGGUAUAAAUUAAAUAAAUUUAUGUAUCCUACAAUCCCAAGUUAACGCGUUAAAAAUAACAUUUCUAUAACUUAAAGUUCUAAUUGAUAAUUUGUUUCAGUUUGAGUAUCUUAAAAAUAUCCAUGAAAUGAUACAAAACAAAACCAAUGAAUAUCAAAAAUUGCUGAAAAGCUUAGAAAAUAAAAUGUAUACGCAUAAUUCUACUGGCCCGUUAUACCCAGAUGUUACAAUGAUACAUCCCAUAAGUCCUUGGACAUUUUGGUACAGAAAUUCCAAAAAAUUGCAAAUGACAAAUCAGUGGGAAAAAUCAUUGAUCAAAAUAGAAACUAUUCAAGACAUCACACAUUUAUGGAAGUAAGUCAAUAUUUAAUAGUAUAGGUACUGUACCUAUAUAGUAAUAUAUAUCUUAUAUUUGAAUCCACACGCAUUUUCGAUUGUGACUCGAGAGAGCUAAUUUUACAAUGAUGUGUUUUUUUUUUCUUUUGUCUCUAAUAAUUACUUAUUUAAGGUAGACAUAGUUAAAAAGUUCGAAAAAUAAUUUAUCUUAUUUCACAGAAAUUAUAUUAUAAAGAACUGCGAUAAACAAAAUGAGCGGUAAGUUUAAAUACUUCCUAAAGUUUAAAUUUUACUUCUAACGUUACAUUGUGAAUCGUUUUUAUAACUUAACCUUUUAGAUAAAUUUUUUUUACCCGAAGUAUGAAAUACUAUUCAAUAGCUUACAGAUUUAUAAUUCAUCUUGUUUUAAUGUUUCCAUUCUAGUUCAUCUUGCCUUAAAAAAUUAUUUUUUGCAAAUAACAUAAUAUUGUAUAUCUAUAUAGUAUCCCCCAUUACUUUUUUCGUUAUUCAUUUUGUUAUAUAACUGCAUAAGUGUACAAGUACUACACUAUCUACUUUACAUUUUCAACUGAUUUUUAUGUUCCACAUUUCACAAAGUACCUACUCCAUUGAAAUCCUUUACACUUGAAUUCGCUUUACGGGUUAAAUUUUUAAACAUAUUAAGAGAUUUCCAAAAGCCAUCUUAUUUGAAUAAAUGUUUUUUUUAUUUUGUUUUCAUGUAAAAUAAAAUUUAAGUAUUCAACAUAUCUAUAUGAAUGGUCUGGACUAAAAUAUUACAGCAAAUUGUUGUAAAAAACUCGUUGUUUUUCAUUUUAAUAUUGUACUCAAACCAUUCAUAACCAAUAUUCUCUUAAUUAAUUAUUUAUUCAUUUAUCAAAUAUAAUAAAAAUGUACCUAUAAUAUUUAUGUUAAUUUAGAGUACUUAAUCACAUCAUUCAGCCAUCAAUAAAAUUUGCAAAUUCGAGUCUAUUUGUUUUCAAAAAGAAUAGUAUACCUGCGUGGGAACACGAAAGCAAUCAAAAUGCUGGAUGUUGGAUACUAAUAUUAAAUAAUAACCACAAUUUGGAUAAAAUAUGGAAUAACAUGGUAUGUAUAAUAUAAAACAGACUUUAUUAUAAAGGACUGCCGGAAACAAAAAAUGUACAUUUGAAAAAUAUAUUAUAAAUUAUUAUUAAUUCACUUUGCUGUACAAGCAAUAAUGCAUGUAUAAAAUCUUUGAGAUAAUGCCUAAAGAAAAAAAUAAUAACAAGUCUGGUAUUAACAUAAAAAUAGCUUAUUUAUAUUCUCUAUCCCACUAAAGUACAGUACCGCGUUUUGACAAAAACCUCGAGUAACAUCUUAAAAUUCAACGAUAAACAAAAUUUACUUGUUGUGCUGAAAAUUAUGAUUAUUCAUUAAAUUUGUUAAUUUUAUCAUAUCGCCGUUAUCCUUAUGGGAUCCGAGAAUUGCGGUUUUAUCGUGUAUAUUAAUGUAUCUAGUGACCGAAUAAAAUAAACUCAGGCACGUGACCAAUGUUGAUUUAAACCAGUAUUUUCAGUAUCAUUUCAAAUCCAACAUUUUAAAGAAAAUUUAGAAGAAUAAAAUAAAGAGGGAAAACAUUCAAAAAAUUAAAACUUGUAAAGCUUUAGCUAUGGUUAUAUAUUAAAUAUAACUUGUAAACAGUAAAUUUAAUAUUUAGUUAAAAAUAAAUGUUGGACUAUUUUUAUAUAUAAAAUAAUAAUUUUAUUAAUGUUUUCGUGCAUUUGCAAGUAUAUUAUUGUUGUAAUCGUAAGUCAUAAAAUAUGAACAUGACACCCUGACGGGACGUGAUGCGGGAGUCACUCACACUAAUGAUUAUCACACAGAAACCACUACGCACGCACAUAGGUACUAUAAAUUGUCUAUACUCAACUCCUUUAAAACGGUCGGCAUCGAAUCCUUAUUUCCUUAGUUUUUUAUUACGCUAUUUUUUUACAUCCAUAGAAAUACUUGUAUGAUUCACCCACGAUGUUAUGUAAAAUCACUCUUAUUCAAAUAACGGUACCUAAUUUAUAAAUUUAUAAAAAUUUGUUUAUCAUUGUGCGAGACGGCUAAAAUACAACUGUUCGACGGCUCAUUAAUUCCCGGCCGUAUUGUGGUCAGGUAAUUUUAGUUUUUCUCUACGUAUGCGUUUUCAUGAAUUUUUUUAAAUUUUUUUUUUGCAUAUUCAAAAAUCAGUACAUAGUUAUUAUAGUAGACUGAUGAAAAUACUAUAGAGGUUUUACAAGCAUAUAGACAGAAAAGAAGGGACCAUCCAUUGACGACACAUCACCGAUGAGAUUGGUUAUUAAUUAUACCGCGUAUUUUUUGUGAUUGCAGGUACUAUGUAAACUUAGUUUAAGAAGUCUCAAGGCCAUUGGCGCUUGAGUAUUCUUGGUGGGUUUCCGGAGAGCGUGGCUAAGGAUAGGUUGGAGAUGAGACGGUUAGAGUGAUUAAGGAUAUAGAUUGAAGCGUCUAUGAAAACGCGUUUAAUUAUUAGUUUUGACGACUUUGGUGGACUCGUGGUAAUUCUUAAGUCUGUGUGUAGGGUAAAUUUGGAGACGUUUUCAAAACUGCCUACUAGUUACAACAAAAACACUGGAUUUGAAUUCUCCACUUGAUAUAAUAACGAUUUCGUAUUGUAUUUUUUUUUUUUGUAAUGGCGGCGUGGAGGCAACGCAACACCAACCCAGAAUAGUAAUCCCCUCCCCCCAAUCACCAUGAUCGGAAGCCUCCGUAUAAAAUCUUACUCUACGGGGCCCCCCUCACAGGUUGCGUUCGGAAAUUCAGAGAGGGCGGUAGAGUAGUAUAAAUUAUAGUAUUAUCAUAGUUAUUUAUUACAAUUUCGAUAAAAAUCAAUGUGAUCUUAUUCCGGAGAAGUAAUUUUAGAUUUUUUUUAGACACCCGACGUACAAUCCGUAGGCAGAAACAGGGAAAACCCAUCGAAUGUGACGUAUCCGCGGCUUGCGCGUGGUCGACGACAAAACGUAAAUUAUACGUACGAUUAGUUCUUACGUCAUGCACUUCUUAUCAGACUGUUAUCAAUAACAAUUUGAGUAUUUAGAUCAAAAUAAUUUAAUUGUAUAAUUAAAAACACACAAGAUAUAUUUUCGAACGCUCAUAUUAUAUUAAAAUACGAGUAUUCACAUACUAAGAUUUGACUAUUAUUAAAUAAGAGAUACUCAAAUGAGAUUUUUGGAGUAAAAUAAGCAUAAAAGUACUUAAAAUGUAGAAUAUAACCAUUUUAAAGUUACUUAACAUCGCAUUUCUAUGUACAUUUUUAUUUGUUUGAAUUCAAUCGUACUUGAUAAGGAUUUUUAUCGGAUAAUAUAGUGUCACACUAAAUCGUGCGCAUUGUUUGCCGAGAAGUAGUGCCGACUAAUAAAUUAAUCCAUUUUCUACAACGACAACGCGCAAAACAGCAGUAUAAUAAUAAUUCACCGGAUAAAUUUCGCAAAACGUCGGCCCAAAGUUCAUUGACCUGUCCCGUCGAAGACGUAUUUUCCGAGAGAAUUCUAUUAUUAGACUUUUUCGGUUCUUGCGGCGAAACGGCACGGUGGCCAAUCGGUACGGUGGCGGCGAGUCUCUCGCGGUGAGACGGUCCGAUGCUUUGCCCUUAUCGAUCAUCGCGUAUACUUUAUUUGUCAUCGCUAAGGCAGAGAAAUUAUAGGAGGUAAUAUUGGAAAAAUAUGCACUCAAAUCCUGGAUAUCGUAAUAUUGUGGGUCCCUGGCCUUGACUGAUAGUACUGUGUAAACACCGAUAUAUUGUAUAUGUUUAUGGACCCCUAAAAUUGUUUGUCCCUAGGGUCAAAAUCAUCUUAAUCCGGGCUUGGCGAGGAAGAGUCAUGUGGAAACUUCACGAUUACGAUAGUUAAUAAAAGUGAUUAUUUUUAAUUUCAUGUGUCACGUUUUCCGACAACCGAUGGUAAACGACGAAUGACCCGGCGAAUAAAAAAUAUAAUCGCCAAAGGUACUCGACAAUUAAACACCUCUUCCUGUUUGACUUGUACAGUGUGACUCACCCAGCUUCAGACUCGUUUUAACACGUUUUAACGGACGUAACACUGUCUUCCUGAGUAUACUUUCAGCAGUUCAGUAGUGUCGUCGAAACGUGGUAGAGAAAAAAGACUCGUUCUUUUAUAAAUACGGGGACUUAAGAAAUAACUACAUAAAUUCUCGUCUGAUCUUGCUACAUAUCAACGAUUAUUUGAGACAUAUUAUUGUCUUAUACGAUCUACUCGAACGGCUUUCUGCAUCUGUUAUUGAAUUUUGUAUAAUAAUCGUUUUCGUUUUACGUCAACGUUGGGCAUUUUGAACAAUAAAUUCUCAAUAGUAUUAUAGUUAGUUAACUGGCUAUAACUACCAAGUUAAACUAAACAGUUUUUUUUAUUAUAAUAAUAUAGUACUUAAUAUUAUUAUAUGAGCGUGAAACCGACAGCACGUAAACAACACGUCAUAUACUUUCGUAGAAUAAACGAAAUAAUGUUAUAUUUCGUAUAACAUUCUGUGGUAACGGUAAAUCAAUAAUACAAAUUUAACAAACACAAUUUAUCAUAUUUUAUCAUGGUUGAGUUUUCCCUUUUCGGACAAUCAAUUACACUAAUUACAGAUAGUCAUGUAUAUUUUGUGAGCCGUGAGGGCAGCGCGAUGGCUCUAUGUAGCCAUAAUUGUAUAAUAAUACAAAUAGGACGUACUACAAAAAUAAGCUUCAUAACAGUAGGUAUCUCUCCUACUGAUAACCUAAUAACUCAUAAUAUUAUAUUUCAUUACGAUCUUGGAUAUUCUGACCUAUAGUGACAUCACAAACUAAACUAAUAAAUAUGUAUUCAACUAAAAACUGAAAGAAAUUAUUGAACUGUUAACCGCACAACAAGCAUUAGCUUACAGAGGUUUAGUAACUUUUAUGUAAAAAAUAUGCUUUUUGUACAUGUAUUUGGUUAUAAAAAUAAAAUAAAUAAAUAUCAUAAAAAAAAAAUGUAUAUAUAUUAUAUUGUUUUUGAUUGUGUUACAACAACAAAAUCGGUUUAUUUUGAAUCAACUCAAACCUCCUUUUAUUCCCCCUACCCCCCCUCUUGAUAUGUCCUUGAAACAGAUUAGUUUAUGAAACACAAAAUUUAACUUGUACUUUAAAGAAAAAUGUUUCGAAUAUCGUUCUAGUUUGAUAUUUGAAAAGUUACGAUCAAUGUUGACAUUUCUCAUAAGUAAACCGGCAAGCAUUAAAAUUUUAAAUAUUUAUAGUAGGUUCCUACCUACGUAAUACUACUUGCCCUAAUCAUUUUUAGAAUGCUGCAGUGUUGGUCACUAUUAAAUUUCAAAUAAUAAUGUACAUAUUAUAUUAUCUUGAUUCUGGGCGCAAAAUACAUAGAUACCUAUGUCAUCAUAAUAUUACAGCGAUAAUUAAAUUAGACACAAACAAUUUGUUUAACAUUUUAAACAUGUAGAUGAGUAGGCUUGUUCAAAUAAUUGUGUGCGUGAAUUUAUAAACGCCAUGUUUUGUACCUACAGAUACUAGAAGUUGUUGGUGACAAAUUUGAAGCUGUUGCGUCUGACGUAAAUGGUAUUGGAUUGCACAUCAAAUAUGUAGGUUCCAAGAUUACGGUGUGGACUACCAAACCAACCUUAGAAAACUAUCGAAAUAUAUUGACAAUCGGGUAA